GUAUUUGAGCAGAGGCACAAACUUGCAGCUCUUUAACACUCUGCACAUGACAGUCUACAGACAAAGAGCUCCAUUCAGACGCCAUAUGCACGCCUUCAGGACUCGACCGAUUUUUCCUCCUCCUGAACGUCAACAUACUGCUCUUUUUUCCUCCACUGCCAUAUUUCCAGUUUGGGAAUCUCUGGGACUGGAGGUGAAGUUUACUUUCCCCCCAGUAUCUGAACAGCAGCUGAAACAUCGAGUGAACAUGUAGAAAUGGAUUUUAUGAGGCUUUUCGGCACCGUUAUCGCCGUUUUGUUUCACCCUGGAUCCGCUUCGAAAAUUAAUGGCCAGAAAAUCUGCCGACGUGGGACCGAGCGCCCGUGCUACAAGGCAUCCUACAUUCAGGACAGUCGUCGACGGCUGACAUUUGAGGAUGCCAGGCAGUCCUGCAGGUCCGAGGGAGGAGAGCUGCUCAGCAUUGAGACGGAGAGUGAGCAGCGGCUGAUAGAGACCUUCAUACAAAAACUGAAGGCCGGAGAUGGGGACUUCUGGAUCGGGCUUCGACGCAGCCCGCAGGAUUAUAGGACAGGGAAUAACAACCCUGGGUGCCCCUCCCAGUACUAUUGGGUUGAUGGAAGCAAGGCCAAAUACAGGAACUGGAACUGGGAUGAACCGUCUUGUGGUGCUGAAAUGUGUGUCGUGCUCUACCACCAGCCCACUGCACCAACUGAUGAAGAGGGCCAUUUCCUGUUUAAGUGGAAUGAUGACAACUGCAGCGCCAAGAACAACUUUGUCUGCAAAUACAGGGAAGAAAAAAUACCAGUACUCACAGGCGACAGGAUCAUAAUGCAACCAGUUCCAACCAUGAGGCCAACCAUACCUACGGAAGGAGAUGUGAGGAUAACUAUGGGAUUACCUGGGUCAUCAGUCAACAGCCUCUAUGUUUCCUACAUCCUCUAUGCCACUAUCCCUACUCUGCUGCUGCUGCUACUGCUUGCAGUCACUGGGUUCUUCUGCUACAGACAUCAUGCAAAAAGGAGGAAGACUGAGAGCUUCCCCAGCAGGUCAAAGAAGCUGAUCCCAGUUGCAGCUUCUUCUUCCUCCAUACAGGGACCUUAUGCCUUUAGUGACAUUACUAAACUGCCUCACAAUAAUCUGGACUACAGAAUGCAGGCAGAAAUCAUGGCAAAGUACUCCUUCCCUCCUCUACAGGAUCCCCAGUAUGUUGAUUAUGAAAAUGUGACAUGUUCGGACAAGGAAACUGGCUUUGUGACCAAUGACAUCUAUGAGACCUCCAGAACUCAAACUCGGCACUGCAGCAGUCAGGCUGGAUGGGUGGACAAUGAGAUCUAUGGGUAAUAUUAUUUAACCGGAUCUGAGCUCUGGAAAAAUCUGUGAAUUUUGAAUUAUUAAAGGAAUAUUAUUGAGGUAGCAAGAUGAACAUAUACUAUUCUAUAACCCUCUCUUCAUUACAUAUAUUGCUUUGCGGUACGAAAUCUUUAAACAUACAGAGUUGGCUUUAAAGUGCAAAUGUAUGAUCAUCUCUUAUUUUUGGUCAGUUAUAACACCAUAUUUAGUUAACAGUUUUAUAUAUGUAUGACACUUUUUCUUUAAAUAAAUGCUAAUAUCAAUGCAAACAAAAGCUGUGCUUAUGUUUGAUUAAAGAUGUGUUUACAUGCUGACAAAUUGAUACUUACAGUCCCUUUGUGACCUUGAAAUUUGUGACGCUGCAACAAAGAAUGCAAACCUAUCUGGGAAGUAUUAUGUACUAGAAAAAUAGAAAUAAUGACAUUGUUCUCCUUACCUAUCAUAUUGUGAUGACUCUUUUCCAUUGACCUCUUUAAGGGACCAACAUGAUUUACUGUCCAAUUUAGUUCUGAAUAUUGUCUAUGCCUUUUCAAACUUUCAUUUUCGUAUCUUCUUUGAAUGAGUUUGGUGUAUUGCUUCACCCACAGUAGUGAUGAAAUAUAAAAUCUCUUAUAAUUUUCAACUGUCUAGCAGACGCCUGGAGGUUUGGCGUUAAAAUUGACUCUUAUUUGCAAUGUUGUAUAAUUUAAAUCCACCUUAUUAAAACCCCAGAAAGCGUGAAUAUAUCACUAACUGCAGAGCAAGAUGCUGCACUUUGAUUUUGCUCAGUGUGGUUUUCAAACCCAUCUAAAAUUCAAGGUUUUGGGAGAUGGGAGUAAGGCCUGGGUAUUUAUUUUGAGUUGUAGAAAAUAUAUGAAUGUAAUGAUCUCUGCCCAGGUCCCCCUUGAAAAUGAGAUCCAGAUCUCAAUGGGGUUUACCGGGUUAAAUAAAAGAAAUAAGAAUAAAAAUAAUUAAUACAAAGUAGAAAAUGCUUGUGUUCCUAACCAGCCACAAGUUUUCUCACACCAACUUUUGUUCAUGAGCUCACUUUUAUUUUUUUAUGUCUGAAAUUAUUUAUAGUUUAACUGAUUUAGCGUUGUGUUGUCCACUUCUUUUAUUCAUGUAUUUCACUUUAAAGAGGAAAUAAUAUGAUGAAAUGGAGCUGACUAGAUUAAGCAAUGAAGUAGCACAUACAUGCAAUAAUAAAACACAAAUUUCAUGCUGGGAGUAUGGGUCUUUUAAGCUCUGAGGACUAUUAGAGGUUGCAUUUUCUCUUUUUUACCCAAAAUAAAUAUCUUCUGGAGCAUUAGCAAAAUACAUUUUAAAAAUGUAUUGAGAUCAGAGCAAAGCUGGCUUCUUGUUGAAAUGAACUUCCUAUUAGAGACCUUUAAAACCACUCUGUUCUAAAUCAUAAAUGUUCUCAUCUCAGUAAAAGGCUUCCUGUUUGUCCACUGAUGUCAGGGAACAGGACAGUACACCAGGAAGGACCAAUGACAGAAAACUGCUGAGCAAAACAUUUUCUUUUUUUUUAGUUUUCAAUAGUUUACAGUAUGUCAUGACAUACUGCAUGGGUUUAUAUUGCAUGCGCUCUGCCUUUAUAUGUGAUAAGACAAAAUAAAAUGCUAUUU